CAGGGGUGUGUCUCUCUCAGGAGAUCUUGCCCUGACUCCACCUGAGCCAGUUCCAAGUCAGGACUUGUUUGGGAAAGAUUUUUAUGAUUGUGGGCCUGACAAGGUUUCGGGAUGCCCUGGUUUGAUGGAGUGAUGCCACCGGCUCCAGCACAGACAUGAACACCCAGCCCUGGCACAGCAGCACCCUGGGGCCACCCUGGCUUUCCUGGGCUGAAUUAACUGCAGUGCUAAUGAACUAACAGCGUUCCCUGUGCAGCAACAUGGCCAGGACACAUCACCCUGCCCUAUUAGGCUGGGUAUGAGGGAGAAUUCCUUCCUCAAAAGGAAAGGAUCCAGCCCAGCACAGGCUGCCCAGGGCAGUGGUGGUGUCACAAUCCCUGGAAGUGUUCAGAAAACCCUUGGGUGUGGCACCUGGGGACAUGGUUGGACUUCAUGACCUUGGGGGUCUUUUCCAACCUAAAAAAUUCCAUGAUUCUGUUCUUUCAAGCUCUGCCUGCGUGCGGUGCUGGGAGCUGCCACAGGAUGUGAACCAAGUGCUUGUUCCUUUUCAGGCUCAGGGGGCUGUUACCCCAAUUAGCACUAAUUGCUGUGGCCCGUGGUGCUGGACCAGCUGCAGCUGUGCUGUCCUCCCCUCGUCCCUGUUCCCUGCUCUGUGCCAUCCCCUCUUCCCAGGCUCUCGCUGGGGACAGGCUCCGGCUGGCGCUGGCUGGGAUUCCAGUCACAAACACAAGCUGGCGGCAUGGAUCUGCUCGGAAUUUAUUUUAAACUCGAGGUUCCACCGCGGGGACUACACGGUGGAGGUGAGCAUCAACGACUACCUGGACAUCUACUGCCCUCACUACGAGGAGCCGCUGCCGGAGCGGAUGGAGAGGUACAUCCUCUACAUGGUCAACUACGAGGGCCACGCGUCCUGCGACCACCGGCAGCGCGGCUUCAAGCGCUGGGAGUGCAACCGCCCCGACUCCCCCAACGGGCCCCUCAAGUUCUCUGAGAAGUUCCAGCUCUUCACGCCCUUCUCGCUGGGCUUUGAGUUCCGACCCGGCCACGAGUACUAUUACAUCUCCGCGUCCCCCCCGAACACGGUGGACAGGCCCUGCCUGAAGCUGAAGGUUUAUGUUCGGCCAACAAACGAUUCCCUGUACGAAUCCCCGGAGCCCAUUUUCACCAGCAACAACUCCUGCUGCAGCCUCAGGGUGCCGCCGGCGGCGCUGGCGGUGGUGCCGGUGGUCUGGACGCUCCUGGGCUCGUAGCACCGACACCGGGAGCGGCUCCGCGGGGCGGGAUCGGCCCGGGGACGGAUCCCGCCCGCCCCGGAUCGCCUGGACGGUGCCCAGGGAGGGUCGGUGCUGCUCGGCGAGGAUGCUGUCGCCGCCUGAAGUCCCCGCCGUGGCGCGGCCGUCCCGCCGGGAGCGGUGCCGGGCUGUCCCCGGGGAUGGAUCCCGAUUCCCAUCCCCGCGCUGCGGCUGUCCCGGUGGGGCGUUGCUUUUUACAUUUCUAGACCAAAUACAGAGUCCUCGUCCGUCUGGUUUUUGGUUUUUUUUUUUUGAGUUUUUUUGGUUUGUUUUUUCUUAAAGAAAAAAAUAUUUUUAUUUUUAUUUGCUGAGUUGUUCCCGUCGGGUCCUCCUGGUGCCAGACUGACCCGCACAGGCCGGGCUCGGGUCCCUGCUGAGCCCUCACGGCAGAGCCACCGGCAGCACCGGACACAGCGGCGGUGCCACCGGCCCCGUGGGCACGGACUCCUCCCCAGGACGUCACGGAGCCGGACCCGCCACCCCCGGGCACCCCCGGGCACCCCCGGGCACCCCCGGACACCUCCGGGCACGGGGGCCAGGACGGACACAGCCCCCUCUGAGCGCCUGGGGUGUCACCCUGUCCCCUCCGCUCGUGCCAUGGAUGUCACCGCCGUCCCCGUGGGACACCGGGGUGGCUCCGUGAGCGGCCGAGGAAACUGGAUGGAGCCAAGGAGAGCACCAGGGACAGCUGGCGUGGGGACACCGGGAUGGACACUGGGAUGGCCGGCAUGGAGGGCAGCGGGAGUGGUCAGCUGAGACGGGGAGCACCGAGGACGGCCGGCACGGAGAGAGCACCGGGGACGUGUGGCCAGUGCCGGGAGCACCGAGGACGUGUGGCCAGCACCGGGAGCACCGAGGACGUGUGGCCAGUGCCGGGAGCACCGAGGACGGCCAGCAUGGAGAGCAGGGAGUGGUCAGUGUGGAGAGCACCGGGCACGGGGAGCAGCAGGAACGGCCAGCACCGGGAGCACCGGCACAGAGAGCACCGGGGACAGCUGGCACUCACCACGACUGGCACUGGGAGCACUGGGAAGGGCUGGCACUGCCCGUGGCCAGCACUGGGAAGGCUGGGAGUGGCUGGCUGGCACUGGGAGCACUGGGAAAGGCUGGCACUGCCCGUGGCCGGCACUGGGAAGGCUGGGAGUGGUCGGCUGGCACUGGGAGCACUGGGAAGGGCUGGCACUGCCCGUGGCGGGCACUGGGAGCAUUGGGAAGGGCUGGCACUGCCCAUGGCCGGCACUGGGAGCACUGGGAAGGGCUGGCACUGCCCGUGACCGGCACUGGGAAGGCCGGGAGUGGCCGGCUGGCACUGGGAGCACUGGGAAAGGCUGGCACUGCCAGUGGCCGGCACUGGGAGCACUGGGAAGGGCCGGCACUGCCCGUGGCCGGCACUGGGAAGGCCGGGAGUGGCCGGCUGGCACAGGGAGCACCGGCGGGCGCUGGGAGCCGGCAGGCCGGGCUCGCCGAGCCGUGGGCAGCGCUCCGAGGGCUCCGACGGGAGGAGUUUGUGCUGUGGAUUUUCCUUCUCCGCCCUGCUCCGUGUCCCCCCGAUGCCUUGGGGGUACAGGAGCCCCCAUGGGGGGCCGGUGGCUGCCUGUGGGACCUUCCUGGUGCUCCCCUAUUGCCCCCCGACGUUCUGGGUCUAGGCUUGGGGAUUUUUCCCCUUUUCCUUUGCAUUAAUAAAUAAAUCCCCCCCCAACCCCUCAAUCCGAGGUCAGCCCUGACCCCAGGGGUGGCAGAUCCCCAGGGAGGGGUCACCCCGCAGCCCUGGGGUGUGACCCCUCCUCGCCUUAAAUCUGGGGCUGUCCCACCUUGGGGGGGUCCUGUGCCCCCUCCCCUAUUCCCAGGGGGGUCGGUGGUCCCAGGGGGUGCCAGAGAUGGGCUCAGACCUGGCUGGAGCCCCCCAAUUCCGAGUGGACCCCAGCCCUUCCUGCAACGGGGGCCGGGGGGGCUCCGUCCCUGUACAUACAGCGCUAUACUGUGAGCGGUUUUUUUUAUGUAUUGUUGAGAAUGGAUUUUAUGGAAGGGUUUAUCUUAUUUUUAUUUUAUUUUUAUUUUUUAGACUAGGAAGCUGGAAUCUUGCAAUAAGCUCAUCUCGACCAUCCAAAAAAAAAAAAAAAAAAAAAAAAAAAAGAAACGGGAAAAAAAAAAGACAAAAAAAAGAAAAUUACCCAAAAAAAUUUAAAAAAAGAUAAUUGAAAAAAAAAAUUCACAUUCCCUGCCGUCCCUGUCCCUGUCCCGUGUGUCCAGACCAGGUCGUGGUUCCCGAAGGUGACAAAAGCAUUGUGUUUAUGGGGGGGGGAUGCGGGGGGCACCCGCCGGGCUCCGCCGCGGAGCCGGCAGCCCCCGCCUGGCCUUCGGUCUGUGUUUUAUAUAUAUAUAGAUUAUAUAUAUAAAUAUCUAUAUUGUGUACAGCGACUGUGGGAGAGUGGAAGGACGGAGGCGGCAGCGGGGCCGGCGCUGGGGGAGGGCCGGGGGUCCCCUGGGGCAGCCCCCCCUGCCCUGGCGCUGUCCCCGUGCCGGUCCCCGCCGCGCCUCGCUCCGUCCUUCGACAUUUCCGCUUUCGUCCUCGACGUCGUGCUGAUGGUAACCGGAUUUCUCACCCCUCCCUCUCCCCUCCCCGUUUGGAUUCUGUAUUUUUUUAUAAUAAAAUGCAAAUAAAUGUCGUGUGAGGCCCUUGCUUUGAGGAA